UCCAGUCGCGAUACUUUUAGCGGUCUGUUCGCGGGUCCCUCAGGUAACCACCCCGCCCAGGCGCUGCUUCUGCCCCGCGCUCCCUCCCUCUGCCUUUCAUUUCCCAGCUGCCAAGAUCUGAAAGCUUUGAAGCUCAGCAAAGAAGGGAAUCCAUUGAGAAUAGUGUGUAAAGCACGAGUGGUUGUCUGGCUGUAUUCCUCGAAGGGAGCCCGCAGUUCCUGUUGGGAGCUCCUCUUCUGCAGCUCCAGCUCUUUCCACCAUCUGGUAACUGUUACUUCCCUUUCUCCUGUACCCAGGACCACCUGCCUGCCUGGACCCUCUGCACAAGCUCUGUGCAUCCUGCCACCGGCACUCUCAGGAGGAAGCACUCGUCGGAGAGACUUCUAUUGUGAGGAAAUGUCAUUCAGAUUCGGCCAACAUCUUAUCAAGCCCUCUGUGGUGUUUCUCAAGACAGAGCUGUCCUUUGCCCUCGUGAACAGGAAGCCUGUGGUACCAGGACAUGUCCUCGUGUGUCCCCUUCGGCCAGUGGAGCGCUUCCGAGAUCUGAAUCCCGAUGAAGUGGCUGAUUUAUUUCAGACAACCCAGAGAGUUGGGUCGGUGGUGGAGAAGCAUUUCCAGGGGACUUCUCUUACCGUUGCCAUGCAGGAUGGCCCCGAAGCCGGACAGACUGUGAAGCAUGUCCAUGUCCAUGUUCUUCCCAGAAAGGCUGGAGACUUUCACAGGAAUGACAGCAUCUAUGAUGAGCUCCAGAAACAUGACAAAGAGGAGGACUCCCCGGCCUUGUGGAGAUCGGAGGAGGACAUGGCAACAGAAGCUGCAGCACUGCGGGCCUACUUCCAGUGACACAGGCACGAAAGUAACUCGAACAAAUCCCAAGGCAUAAGGAAAUGGGCCUCGUUCUCCAGGAGUCUGCGGCAUUGGAAAUGAAGCUAAGCAGAUUUUAUUACAUCCUACAAUUCUGCAACCUUUUCAAAGCAUUUUAUUACACUUGUGGAAGCCAACGGGGUUGUGUUACAAUCAUGAUGACUGACAGGCUAACUUCAAAACAACGGCACCUGCCGCACUUCCACACUUCCUCAUCGAUGUACUUAGAAUAGAGCCCUUUGUAAAUUGUCCCUUGGCCUGGAUGGAAAUAAA